AUGGUACCAAUCAGAUAUAACACAUGGCGAGAUGUCCCUGAACAAUUGAAGGAUAAGUUGUGGGACUCUAUUGAGAUUGCUUUUACAUUAGACAAGAAAAGCAGAAGGAAUUGUAUGCUUACAGUGGGAAAAUGUUUUCGAUCUUUUAAGAAUACGUUGACUGUGAAACAUAUUCUUCCUUUCAAAGAUGAGCCAGAGCUUCUUAAGAAACCACCAGCUGGAUAUCAUUUUAUCGAUGAUGAAGAUUGGAAUAUUUUUGUGAAAAAUAGGUUGUCUGAAAAAUUCCAGGAAUAUAGGGAAGCACAAAAACAGAGAAGAAAGAAGCAUAUAUAUAAUCAUCAUCUAAGUAGAAAAGGGUAUGCUGGACUUGAAGAAGAGAUGAUGAUUGAAGCUGGCUCCACAGAAAGCAUUGAUAGGAGUUUACUUUGGAAGAGGGCAAUGCAAAAAAAAGAUGGCAGCUAUGAUGAUGUGGUCCUACCGGUAGUGGAAAAAAUAGAUGAAUUGAUGAAAGAGUCUCAAGAGAGUGGCAUAAGCUAUAGUGGGAGCAAUGACAUACUUUCUCAAGCACUAGGUACUCCUGAGUAUACUGGUCGGGUUCGAGCUAAAGGGAAGCACUACACGCCUGGACGCUAUUUCAAUAGUAUGUCAGAACGUGUUGUGAGGGAUUUUUUAAAAGCAACUCAAGAACGUCAAGCUAAGUUUGAGGCUGAUGUGUUAGCGAGACUAUCUCAGAUAGGAGUUGCUACACCACAAUCCGAUGUGAGUAGUUCCAACAUGAAAUCAAAACUGUUGCUUCUACCAGAAGUAGUGGAGAAACCAAUUCGUAAAGUUGAGGAGGAGACCUUACCUAUGAAAAUAGAACCACACAUGAAGGCAAGAAAAUGUGAGUUGGCAGUAGGGACCAGAGAAAAUACAGUGGCUGGUGGAACAAUUGUAAUGGAUUGUGGUCCCAACUACCUAGUUGUUUUGGAUGCUCCCUAUGAGUCAAAUACACCGCUUCCUAUUCCCAUUCCUGGACAAGCUACAACAGUUGGAGCGGCAGUGGGCUACCAAGUUUUAUGGCCAACCCAUUUAGUCAAUUUGAGUACUAAAUUCAUUAAGGGAUCUCAAAAAGGGAAAAGACAAAAAACAACAGAAAAUGACUUGAAAAUUGGUGAAAACCCUCAAGAUAUCAACAAUUUUGAUGCAUUAGUAGGUCUCAUGCUAAAUGAGGGGAAAGCACAAGGUGUGGAGGUCCCAAAUGAUGUAUUUGGCGAGAGUUUUAAGACCUUCCUUAUGAAAGAAGACAUGGAUAUGAUAAUUUCAUUUAAGGAAGUGUCGGCUAAUUGUGUCAUAUAUUAUAUAUGGCACCUACAGAAAAAGCUAAGUGAUGCAAGGCUCACCGAACGAUUUGCUUUUAUCAAUCCAGCUUUAGUCUCUAAAGCUGGAAUGGGUGAGACAACAAAGGAAAAUAGGUCAAGGUUGAUUGCAAAUCGUUUAAUGCAUGCAAAGUGUGCUGACUACAUUUUUAUUCCAUAUAACCCUAAUUUCCACUGGGUCUUGGUGGCAUUGGAUAUGAGGACAAUGACUGCGUACUACCUUGAUCCGAUUCAAAAGCAACCAUGUGAUGAUCUUAAGGAAAUUGUUAACAUGGCACUACGAAUUCAUCCACCAGAGAAACAAAGAUCAUCAAAGAGGGAGCCGACAUGGGUAAAAGUAGUGAUGCCCUCAUUUCAGUCCAGUAAGAGUUGUAGAUCACAUUUUGACGAUUCUCAGAAGUUCUCAUCUCAUGAUAAGUAAAAGAUUUCAAGUUCAGGAGUGGAUAUGCAACCAACAAAAAUACUUUUGGCUAUAAAUACUUUUGGCUUCUUCUUGUAAUAUUAUUUUUGAUAAGGAAUUUGGAGACCUUGUUUUUUGGUACAUGUGUACUUGUUUUAUAUAUGUUGAAGUUGGAAAAUAUGCUUGUAAAUAUUUUGAUACAUUUACAAAUUUGCGUAUUAAUUAACUAUGUAGACAUUAGUUCUUUAUCA